CUCUCUCUCUCUCUCUGCACAUCGUGGCAGCACAGAGCGGCGGUGGUGGUGUGUGCGGCCGGGGGGCGGCGGCCUCAAAAAUACACCGCAACCACACCGCGCGCGGCUCCACCGCAGAAGCCGCCAGCCACCUUGCCAACACCAGCGGCAGCAGCAGCAGCAGUAGCAGGAGCCGCGCACCGAAUCGAGACCGCGAGAGCGCGACCGACCGAGAGUUAAACGCCUCUGCGGUGCCCAGGAGUUGAUCGCGUGUACUGGUGAACCUUAUUAUCGUGACUGUUCUUGGCCUCCUCGCGACGAUUGCUCUGCCGAUCUCGCUUCUUCGAGCUGAUUUUGAGGAAGACUUGGACUCGCGCUGGAGAUCGGUUGCUGUGACACUGUGAUUUUUUAUACUUGUGUGCGGGAGAACUCGAAAUUUUCGGAGUGUGACGUGUUAUUUAAAUAAACCUGACUUGAUCGGUAGAGUUAAAUUGUUAUCAGUGCCAGACAUAAACGCAGAAAAGCUCACGACAGUGUGUGGAGGAAUGAGUCACUAAGACGACGACGAAGACAAGGACGAUUCCAAUAAACCGAAUUUUCCUCGCGACUUGGCAAUCGAGCCCUCGUGAAAGAAAGAAAGCAAGCCCGGGAUGGAGGAGAAUCUGCAAACGGAUCUAUCCGGCGGGAUAAUGAAAUAAGGAUCAAAGGAUCGGCGCGCCGCGCUGAAAGGGAGUCGGAUCAGCCAGACGAAUUCGUCGUUGGGGAAAACAACAAAUGUAAUUUCUUAAGACUCGUGUCUCUGUGGCUUUGAUUUCCCUUCGAUUGUUACCACCGUAGGCGAGCUGAAGCUGCUAAGCGAUCUCUCCUUAGCGCCUCGAACCAACUGACUAGCCGUCGAUCGGUAGGUGGGUGGUGAAGCUCGUUGUGGAGGAACGGGACGUUCGAAGUGAAAUUUGUGAAAAACUUUUUGCAAUUCUGAGUGACGGGAAAACAGUACUGCGAUCGCGAAGGUAGUGACAGAGUUUUAUUCAAAACAGUGGAAAAUUUCGAAAAUAAAAUAUCGAUUCGCGGCUUUUUCCGUUGUGUUUUAAAAGCAGCAUUAAAAAUUGAUAAACAAAAUUCGAUUAAAACUCACGCAACGGCCGAUAAAUCUCUAGCAAUUUCACCCGUGCGCGUAUAGAGUACACAGAAUCAUUCAAUUACAAGUGUCCGCAAUUUUAAUUGAAUCUUUUAAAAACCAAUACAACAACAAAGAUCUUUUAAUGACGUAACCAAUUAUACGCCCUGCAUCAAUAGCAGUAACUAACUCAACCUUUCCCCCAUAUCCGUCCGUUAAAGGCAAGAAUGCUCCAUCAGCAGGUGACGGCAGGCCGCCGAUGACCUGAGGCCCAUGACGAAUCCCGCGCGAGAUGCCCGAGGAGGCGUAGCGGUGGAAAACUACGCCGGCGGAGGCUCCGAUCCCUCCUCGCGCCUCCAGCAGAGCCACCACCAGCAGCAUCUUCCCCAUCACUCGUCCCACCAUCAUCACCAUCAUCAUCACCAUCAGCAGCAACAGCAUCAGCAUCGACAUCAGCAGGACCAGCAGCAUAGCAGCAGCGGCAGUAACAGGUUGCGCAGGUCGAGGACGUCGUCCCUGCGGAGAAACGGAAGCAGAACGAUGCACCUGUCGGGGGAGACGCAAGCUCAGCAGCAAGCCGCUGCGCCGGCUAGUCAACUGCCCGACUAUGCCCUCACCGCCGAUCUACUGGCUGAGAGGACUCUGGAUGGACUGCUGGCCGAACAUCCUGGAGAACUUGUUCGUACCGGUUCUCCGCACGUGGUGUGCACAGUCCUGCCAUCGCACUGGAGGUCCAACAAGACUCUGCCGGUGGCGUUCAAGGUCGUGGCUCUUGGCGAAGUGGGCGACGGCACCCUCGUCACCGUCCGGGCGGGCAACGACGAGAACUGCUGCGCAGAGUUGAGGAACUCCACGGCUCUGAUGAAGAACCAGGUGGCCAAGUUCAACGACCUCAGGUUCGUCGGUCGCAGUGGUCGAGGAAAAAGCUUCACACUGACGAUAAUGCUGCAGACGUCGCCACCUCAAAUAGCGACGCUGUCCAAGGCGAUCAAGGUGACGGUGGACGGACCUCGGGAGCCCCGUUCAAAGACACACUUGUUUUUAGGUCAUCAGGCGUUUCAUCCGUUCCACUUCGGGCCACGGCCGUUUCCCUUCGGACACCCGCAGGACCCGCUGGGAUUCAAGCUAUCUGGUCUCCAGCAUCUCGGCCUAGAUCAAGGUGCCGCGGCGGCAGCAGCAGCGCAGGGCUGGGGUGGCCUGUCGCGGGGUGGUUUACCCCCGCACUGUCUUCCGCCACCUCCGGGUCAUCAUUCGCACGCUCAUCCAGCGGCAGCGGCAGCAGCAGCAGCGGUACCUCAGCCGACGACGGCGGCGGCGGCGGCCGACGGAACCGCGACUGCGGCCACUGCCGCCGCGGCUGCCGUCGCCGCCUCGGCCUUCAACCCGUUCCACCACGUGGCGGCAGCAGCCGCUAUCGAGCAGAGGUCGCCGAGGCUUCCCGCUACCGCUAACGAAUCAUCGAGGGGAGCCGAUCACGGGUCGAUUAGCGUUUCCGUACGGGAACCGGCGGCUGCGUCUCCCGGAAGCGUCGGCCCGAGCUUGUUGACGUCGGCCGUGGCGGCGACGGCGGCGGCCGUGACCGAGCCGACGCCACCCACGGUCGAACCGACUUCCACGACGACGAGCACCACCUCACCGACUAACUCCAGUCCGUCCGGUCAUCAUCCACAUUUUCAAGGUCUCCACCUCCUUGGCGCCACGAACUCCCUGUUCGGCUCGAUAUUCGCUCCACUUUUACCGCAAUCCUCAUGGCUGUAUAAUCCGCUGUACCACACGCAGCAGUACAUCCUGGAGCCCGAGUGGCACGCGCUGGCGCUUCGUAUGGCCCAGCAGCGACUGCAAAGGCCGGAUCAAGCUCGGCUCGAGGAUCUUCGGAAAUUGCGAGGCAGCAGUGCGAGUCCCGAGGAUGUCUCCAAGGACAAGGAAGAAGCUUCCCGUGAUCUUGACAGUCCAGACGGCAGCAUCGAGGUCGACGACAGCGAAGAGCCCAGGCCCAAGAUCGAGCGGAGGUCCCAGAGCGAGGAGUCGCUAGAGCAGGACAGUAGCCCGAGGACCUCACCUGUUAGGACGGACACCGAGCUGACCCAGGAGGAGACGUCCAGCCGACUCCGACCUAGUCUGGAGAACGUCAACGAGCUGGACAACUCAACGACGCAGUUGGACCAUCAGCUGGACCAACAACCGGCCAGUCGUGGUCUGACUGUUAAAAUCCGAGUCGAGGGUACAGUGGACCUCAGUACCAAGACUCGAACCCAUCACCAGGACAAGGAGAACGUCGGCCAGGACUUGACGACGACGACCAGGCGGAAGGACGACGACGUCGAGAUCAGCGAGAGGGAGGCCAUCAGGCCCAGGAGAGAAAGAAGCCCCAAACCCAGGCAGGUCUGGAGGCCGUAUUGAAGACUGCCGUUGAGUCGUCCACGUCGAUUUGUUGAUUGUACUUCGUAGGUGUUCUGAUCCUCGCACCUCAUCCUCAUUUCCUUUCGAGAUAAUCGUAUGAUUACCGUGUAAAUAUACGAGUAUGGGUUUUCGAUCAAGGGAGUUAGGGAGGAAAAGUUGAAUGUGAUGCUAGAUUCGUUAAGUUUGACCGGUUGUAUAACGGAAUUUUGCAGUUUGCGUACUUUCGAUUGUAGCUAUAUGAAUGUAAUCUCAACAGUGUGUUUCAUUUACGAAUCAUUUGUUUUUUUUCGAUGAUUAGUUCAAGCGUCGUUUUCUCGCCACACACGAUAUCACUCGAUAAGGACUCACUCGAGGACUAACCAGGGUUUACGAUCGAGUAUAGUUUGUAAAUACAUAACACGGCGCGAUUCUGUAGCAGGAUGACGUGCCAUAGAAAAUUAUAAAAUAAUGUUUUUGGAAACGUAAAAAACAAACACACAACACAUUGUACUUGUAUAAUCGCUAGACUCGUGUCUCGAUCGUGGUUACACAUUAUCGCUAUUACCGCGAGAAGAAAGAGCCACGACGAGAUCGUUCUAUUGUGAAAUUCUUCAACUAAAACUGUUGUAAAUAAAGAUAAAUGUACGAGAUUUCUUAGCGCCUAAGUCCGAGAAUAUAGUAUAAAGAUGAAAACCUCUUUCCGAGUAUGUCACUUGUUUAGGUUUGAGUUUGUCGAACGCGAGUUCGGUGAUGUGACAUGUACUUUUUGCGUCGAAUUUCUAUUGUAUAAGGAAACAAAAAAAAUCUACUCAACACUAUUGUCAGUGCAAUAUAAUGUAUAUCGAAGUUCGAGGCUCGAUAACGAGCCGGCGUCUGAGCCUUUUGAAUUUUGUCCCUUUACGGCGAUGUUCGACUGUAAGAUUGAUUGAUCGAAAUUGUUUAGCUACCGACACAUCGAAUAAAUAUCGUUCGUUCCAA